AUGUCCCUGCCCCUCCUACGCACCCUCCGUCUCACACCUUCCACUGUCCGCACCUUCUCAUCGACCACGCGUUCGCUCGGCGUCACAGUCGCUACGCUCUCCCCAGGAGACGGCAAGACCUUCCCUCGCACGGGCGAUCACGGUGCGUACCCGUACCCACCCCUUUCCCCCUCCCGGACUCCGGACAAUCCUUGCGCGCUCAUCGCGUACUACUUCUGACCCCACAGUCAAGAUCCACUACACCGGCACGCUCCUCAGCACGGGCAAAACGUUUGAUUCCUCCGUCCAACGCGGCACACCUUUUGAAUGCCAGAUCGGUGUAGGGCAGGUGAUCAAAGGGUGGGAUGAAGGGGUGAAGCAAUUGAGUUUGGGCGAAAAGGUAACCUUUGGCCCGACGGAGAAACCUGCAUCGGGUGCUGAUGAGGUGCUUUCUCUCCUUCAUCGGAUCCGACUCGGCAUCGGAUCACACAGGCCGUAAGUCCUCUCAAGCUCUCUCUUCAGAACCUACCCGAAUACCAAUCCCCUAAACCCAACCCUCAUCCGUCCCCCCUCUCAGAAACUGACCUGCACCCCGGAUUAUGCCUACGGCUCGCAAUCCGUCGGUGGGGGUUCGAUCCCUGCGAAUUCGACUUUGGUGUUCGAAGUGGAACUAUUGGGGAUUAAGAGGGAAUGA